GCGAGCGGUCGGAAGAUGGUGGCGGCGCCGUGCGCCCGGAGGCUGGCCCGGCGCUCGCACUCGGCGCUGCUGGCGGCGCUCACGGUGCUGCUGCUGCAGACGCUGCUCGUGUGGAAUUUCAGCAGCCUGGACUCGGGCGCCGGCGAGCUGCGCGCCGGAGCCGCCGAGCAGCCGCCCCCGGCCCCCGCGCCGCGCCGAGAGCGCCGGGACCUGGCCGCCCCGCCGCCCGCAGCCCGCGGAGGAGGAGGAGGAGGAGGAGGACGAGGACGAGGAGGCGGCGGCGGCGGCGGCGGCGGAGCUCGGGGGCCCCCGGCGCGCGCCAAGGGAGGCGGCCCCGGAGAAGCCCGCGCGCAGCGGCCGGCCGGCCGUGGGGCACCGCCUGCACGCGCCAGGGAUCCACACCCGACUCCUCUGAUGACCUUGGAAACCCAGGAUGGCUACUUCUCCCACAGGCCCAAAGAAAAAGUACGAACAGACAGCAACAAUGAGAACUCCGUGCCCAAGGAUUUUGAGAAUGUUGACAACAGCAACUAUGCGCCCAGGACGCAGAGGCAGAAGCACCAGCCCCCCGAACUGGCGAAGAAGACCCCCAGCCGGCAGAAGGAGCGUUUGCAGGGGAAGCCGGAGCCCCAGGACAAAGGACAGAGACAACUGGAGAAAGGCCCCAAUGAUGUGCCGCCCCCUGGCGAGAGAACUGCAGCCAACAGCAGCCAUGGGAAGGAUGUCUCCAGACAGUCCCAUGCCAAGAAGAAGGGUGGUAACGGGACCCCUGAGACCAAGUCUGACCAGCCCCCUAAGUGUGACAUCUCUGGGAAGGAAGCCAUCUCGGCCCUCACCCGCGCUAAGUCCUCACGCUGCCGCCAGGAGAUCGGAGAUGCCUACUGUCGUCACAAGCUGGGGCUGCUGAUGCCCGAGAGGGUGACCCGUUUCUGCCCCCUGGAGGGCAAAGCCAACAAGAAUGUGCAGUGGGACGGUGACUCUGAGGACUACUUGCCUGCCAACCCAGUCAGAAUCGCCUUUGUCCUGGUGGUCCAUGGGCGUGCCUCUCGGCAGCUGCAGCGCAUGUUCAAGGCCAUCUACCACAAAGACCAUUUCUACUACAUCCAUGUGGAUAAGCGAUCUAAUUACCUGCACCGUCAAGUGCUGCAGUUCGCCAGGCAGUACGGCAACGUCCGUGUCACCCCCUGGAGGAUGGCCACCAUCUGGGGGGGUGCCAGCCUCCUGUCCACCUACCUUCAGAGCAUGCGGGACCUCCUGGAGAUGACGGACUGGCCCUGGGAAUUCUUCAUCAACCUCAGCGCCGCUGACUACCCCAUCAGGACAAAUGACCAGCUGGUGGCAUUCCUUUCGCGAUACCGAGAUAUGAAUUUCUUAAAGUCGCAUGGCCGGGACAACGCAAGAUUCAUCCGCAAACAAGGCCUGGACCGGCUUUUCCUGGAAUGUGAUGCCCACAUGUGGCGCCUGGGGGACCGGCGGAUCCCAGAGGGCAUUGCUGUGGAUGGUGGUUCCGACUGGUUCCUGCUGAACCGGAAGUUUGUGGAGUAUGUGACGUUCUCCACCGACGAUCUGGUGACCAAGAUGAAACAGUUCUACUCUUACACCCUGCUGCCUGCUGAGUCCUUCUUCCACACGGUCCUGGAGAACAGCCCCCACUGUGACACCAUGAUCGACAACAACCUACGCAUCACCAACUGGAACCGCAAGCUGGGCUGCAAAUGCCAGUACAAGCACAUCGUGGACUGGUGCGGCUGCUCCCCAAACGACUUCAAGCCUCAGGACUUCCACCGCUUCCAGCAGACAGCAAGGCCUACUUUCUUUGCCCGCAAGUUCGAAGCCGUGGUUAACCAGGAAAUCAUCGGGCAACUGGACUAUUACCUGUAUGGAAACUACCCGGCGGGCACCCCGGGCCUCCGCUCGUACUGGGAGAAUGUCUACGACGAUCCUGACGGCAUCCACAGCCUCAGCGACGUGGCACUCACCCUGUACCACUCCUUUGCCCGCCUGGGCCUGCGUCGGGCUGAGUCCUCUCUUCACACAGAUGGGGAGAACAGCUGCAGGUACUAUGCAAUGGGCAACCCGGCCUCUGUCCACCUCUACUUCCUUGCUGACCGCUUCCAGGGCUUUCUGAUCAAGCAUCAUGCUACCAACCUGGCUGUGAGCAAACUCGAGACACUGGAGACCUGGGUGAUGCCAAAGAAAGUCUUCAAGAUUGCAAGUCCCCCCAGUGACUUUGGGAGGCUUCAGUUUUCUGAGGUUGGCACCGACUGGGAUGCCAAGGAGAGGCUGUUCCGCAACUUUGGAAGUCUCUUGGGACCCAUGGAUGAGCCAGUGGGAAUGCAGAAAUGGGGCAAGGGUCCCAAUGUGACGGUGACUGUCAUUUGGGUAGAUCCUGUCAAUGUCAUCGCAGCCACCUACGACAUCCUCAUUGAGUCCACUGCUGAGUUCACACACUAUAAGCCGCCUUUGCACUUGCCUCUGAGGCCUGGGGUCUGGACAGUGAGAAUUCUCCAUCACUGGGUGCCAGUUGCAGAGACCAAGUUUCUGGUUGCCCCUCUGACCUUCUCCAACAGGCAACCCAUCAAACCAGAGGAGGCAUUGAAGCUACACAAUGGGCCGCUCCGCAGUGCCUACAUGGAGCAGAGCUUCCAGAGUUUGAACCCCGUCCUGAGCCUGCCCAUCAGCCCCGCCCAGGUGGAGCAGGCGCGGAGGAAUGCAGCCUUCACCGGCACAGUAUUAGAGGCCUGGCUGGACUCGCUGGUGGGCAGGAUGUGGACCACCAUGGACAUAUGUUCCACAGGCCCCACCGCCUGCCCUGUCAUGCAGACCUGCAGCCAGACCGCCUGGAGUUCCUUCAGCCCUGACCCCAAGUCGGAGCUGGGGGCCGUCAAACCCGAUGGCCGGCUCAGGUAGCGCCAGCCACGUGGGGCUGAUAGAGCCUGAACCCCAGCCUCUGACCUUGGGGGCGGGGAACCUUCUUUGCAAGGGCCCUCUGCUAGCCCCAUAAUGAUGGAGAUAGAGGGUUUGGAGGUAUAACAGGGUCAUCUUGUGUUGUCAAGUUGACCUCUGGGGGUGGGGUGACUCAGAGCCAGGACUGCAGCGGUCUCCCCUCUCCUGGUUGUUCCUUAAUCCUGCAGGCUCCUGUCUUCCCCUUCCAGUUGACUUGCAGUUGUUCCCCCCCACCACAAGUGAGUUUCAAACUUUUAUUUUGAGCAGCAGAACUUUGUUUACUCAGCACAAGUGGAAGUUCAAGGUGAGGAUGAAACCCAGGCUGCUCUGAUUGAUGCUGAGCACUGGGAGGUUCCUUCUCGAAGUCCAGCCCACAAGGUAGUUCCAUAGCCAGGGCCACAUCCCGAGGCACCUCUCCAGAACACAAGGGCUCUACACAAGCCAGUUGGAUAAACACUGCCCAAACUGAGGGUUGGAGCUCUAGCCCUGCCCUUGCAUUUAUUUCGUGGUUCCUUUGGCUGGGGAAACCCUGUGCCCAUGUUAAAGCGAACACACUAUGGAAUGGCAUGGUCGUGGGCUUUUCCCAGGGAGGUAGCAACCGUGGAAGGGCUCCAAGAAUUCCACCAGCCCUUCCUGGAUUAUACUGUUCUCCCUGAUAACCCAAAGCACAGGAGAACCUUUUGAUGUAACAUGGGCAAGGUCCAGCCAGACAAGUGACUGCCAAUUUUCCACUGUUCUGGGCCAUGCUCUUGCCAAGGCCUUUCACGCAUGGUAGCUAGAACAGGGUGAUACAUACUAACCCGAAGCUUCACGUCUCCUAGCUGCCUGUUGUGUGGGAAAUGGAGACCAUGGCCUCUUUGGCCCUUGAAGAUGGGAACAUUGGUCUUGCUUGGAACAGAAUUCCUGAGCUGUACCACCCUCACUUGCCAGGCACCCCAAACUUCUGUCGAUUGCACGCUGGGUGCCGUUGAUAGUGACCAAACUGCAUGGGCCAGACUUCUUCCACCAAGGAAAAAGUAUCUCAGAUUCAGUUUGCAAAGUACAUGUAUUUCCUUAUCCAAGGUGCCAACAGGCUUACCUGGCCAUGCCACAUCAAAGGAAGUUGGAGUGUCAAGGUUGAGUGAAGGUGAUUUUAAAAAAAAUAAUUAAAAGUAGCAUUACUCACCUUGUGUGAGUCACAAGAAGCCUGCAGGGUUUCCUUGCUGUGUAUGUCCUGGAAGGUCAUCCCAUGCUAGUCUGGUGUGGCGUCAUUGAGGGAGAGCCCCCCCCAUUUUUCUAUGGGUCCGACCUCUCUCAAAUGGUAGGGUUCUAUGGGGAAAAUCACACUGUUUCCAUGGUGAGUCAGUCCUUUCCUCUCAGCAUGGGUGUGAAAAUACUGCAGGCCACCUUAUGCCCCUCCCCCACCCAGCAAGGCAAGAUGUCCCACCAGCAAUGGAGGACAUAGAGAAGGGACAAUAGAUAUUUAUUAUUUAUAUGUUUUAGUCAAUGACUAAUUAGUAGGUGCUGUUUUCGCAGCCUGUCAAUUAUGUUAUCUUACUAACUGAAACUGCCUUUAUUCACAAAAGGCUUGCCCUUCCCCAUCCAUCCCUGAGCCUCUCUCUCUCUCUCGCUCUCUCUCUCUUGCUCUUGCUGUUUCUAGUUCUCGAUGUCUUCCCUACAUCCUUCUUGUCCUCAGAACAGACCAGGGAUGUUAGACACGUGAGACAGCUUCAACCGGCGUCAUCUACCUGCAGGACGUGGAUUCCUUUGGGAUCAUUGAAGCUCACCUUUCCUUAUGUAGGAUGUUGGCCUCAUCUGUCCCCGCAAAUUAAAGAUGUUGGGAUCCCUGAGCCUGCCUGCUUCCCAGCACAGGUGCAGGGAUGUGGCAGGCUGAAGGAGAGAGUGUGCUGGUGACAGAAAGCUAGACACACCUGUUGACUUCACGUAAUACUUUCCACACCCAAUGCAUGUAGCCUUGUCUCCCUGUGUGGUUCCUUCCAAAGGCCAUCUGUCUUAGGAACAGGAGAGGGAGGUCACACCCAGCCAGGAGACCUCAUGAGAUAGCAAUUAUCUGUUCUGGUAACGGGGACUCCAGGUGGCUUUCUCAGAAAGCCGAAUAGGACCUGCAGUGGUUUUAUAAACCCCGUGGUAGCCAGGAGUCUUGUGCGCCAAACUCUUUGUGCCCCAGCCUCUGCUCUAGCCAAGGUUUCCCUGGGUCUGCAAGAGUUCCGAGGGUCUUCACCUUCACCUGCUCUGUGAGGGCCAAGCUUCUUUCUCUUCUGUGCUGUUACUGCAGUGGCUCUGGAGACAUAGCCCUGGCAAGUCCCUGUUUGUACUGGGGGACACAGACCUUGUGACCGAUUCCCUCCUAACCCAUUCAUAUGUCUGACUCCUCUCACCCUCAGACAAGUGAGGAAAAGGUGGAGGUUUUCUGUCCACAUGUUCCACACCUAAUUGGAGCGUCCCUCGGACUCUCUGUUUUAGACCCAGAGAAUAAUUUUGCAGAUCUUAUAUUGGGCCAAAAAAAAAAAAAAAAAUGGAGAAUUUAAACAAAGCCCAAUGUGAUUUGAGAAAAGGUGAUUUUUUUUCCCCAUGGAAUAUAGUAUAAAUAUUUAUUAUGAUUAUCAUCAUCAUCAUGAUAUUAUUUAUCUGCAUAAGAACUGUUGGCUCUUACAUUGGUCAAACAGCCGUGCAUGGUGGCUCCCUAAGGAUUUCAAAAGAAUAGAAUGAUCAUCACUAGGAAUUCAGUUAUGGUCAGCCAGGUUGCAGAGGCAAGAAGCUAUGGGGCUUAACCACCCACAGGGUCCCUGGAGACUUUGUAAGGCGAAGAGGAGAGACUUGGGCACCAGCUUUUGGAGAGAAAGAAGUAUUUAUUUGUUGCAGUUCUGCUUGCCAUCUCCCACUGCUCAAUGACAUUCAGGCAGAAAUGAAUUCCUUCCCAACUCCCACUUCCAGGCCGCGAACAGAGCAGUAAUUCCCCUAGGAGGAAGUGAAAAAUCUGCAAAGGCUCCCCCAGUUUGUAGAAUACACUCCCUUCUCCCUUUGCAAAAGGGCCUUUCUAGUGGGAUCAUGAGACCUUCUGAUUUUAUUUCUCAUUAUUAGUUUAACUUUCAAAAUUCAGAUAGAACUUAGAAUGAAUAAACAAGAUUAUACAGCCCCCCCACUCCCAUGGCACAAGGCAGGAUUAUUGCUACUCUGUAAGCAUGCCUGGUUGUGCAAGGGCCAUAUGGUUGUCUAGUUUUCAGAUACAUAGGAGAGCAUUGGAUGGAACUGACCUCAUUGUCAAGAAGACAUGGAAGAAGAAAGACCAGUGGCCACUAGGUGUAAGGUAUAAGAAAAUGCCUUUCACAGCCGAGUUCACUGAGGGUGCAGAACACCGGCUCCUGACGGCAUUUUAGGGAGCGAAAUAGACUGGUAACGUGUGUCAAUAUGGUUAGCGUGCCAAGAAGGCUUGUUGGUCAGACACGGCUGUAGGGUGACGGCAGCCUCAGUACACAAAUACAGAUGAGAAAAACCAGUGGUAAAGGACACAAGGGAGACAGAGGACUGUGGUCUUUCUGGUAGGCACGUGGCUCCUCCAGGAAGAGUCACCGUGGCCUAGACUUCACUGCAUGUGAAAAUAUAGCUCAGUGUAGAGGAAUCUUCCAAUUCGGUAAGGGAAGUCAGAAAUGUAGAUCUUUUUAAAUUAAAAAAAAAAAAAUCUUACUGCUUUCCAUGUUGGCUACUUUUUCCAUUCUAACAGAUGUGAGGAAUAAACAAAAAUUCCAUAGUUAUGCACACUCCGCUCUAUGAAGAGAUGGGUAGAAUAAGAGAAGGCCUUGCCCUGGUGGAAUAGGGAGGACCAGGCAUGAGGGAAGAGCAGAGAGUCACUCACAAAGAGAAUCCUCUUACAGGGACCAUCCUCUUGGGAAGGACAGGCUUCCGGAAAGGACGAAAUGAUUAGAGAUCUAGAACGCUGUCUCUUAGGCAUAGAGAGGCCCUCAUUUUCUUGGGUCCUCACAUUCCUAGAUUCCAUCAAACCAGGCAGAAAUGACAAGGACAGGUCCAGGGGAAGUUGCUGGCUGUGAGGCACCCCUGUUUUCUCCAGAUCUCAAGUUCAGGCAGCCGUCCUUCCUGCCACCUCUGGAACAGCUUCAGAAAGUGUGCGGGGCUCUGCUUGCUCGAGUCGCCUUUUUUGCUUCUGCCUCAGUUACCUUACCUCGCCUGUGGAUUAACCCCAGGCGCUACCUCAGUGUGUCUGCUGCGAAGUUUACCUGGAGGGGGCGAUGAAAUGAAGGUAUCAAGCGUGCUGGAGCUGAAUGUAUGAUCUAUGCAAAUUUUCAUUUCCCUCUCUCUCUCUCUCUCUUUCUCUCUUUCUCUCUCUCUCUCUCCCCCCCCCAUCUCCUCUCUGCAUUAGAAGUAUUUUUUUUUUUUAAUCUUAGAAAAGACAUACUGUACUGGACCCUCAUAAAACUGAGGAAAGAUUUCAUGCGCCACCCGUGUCUUCCCCUCACAUUGUCUUGGGUUCAGUUGUUGUCAAGCUCCAGGGAGAAGGUGGCCUCUCUUCUCUCUCCACUUGGCUGGGAAUACUCCCACUGCCUCUGCCUGUAGACACCCCCCAGGAAGCACGUUCUGCACCAUGCUACCCCCAUUCCUGAUUUCAUCUCGUUUCUGUAUUUUCUUCCAACUUCCUUCUCCUACUUUCUGCCUUUCCCACCCCUUCCAAAAGCCUUAGGUUUCUCCCUUUUGAAAUGUGGCCUUAAAAUUAUUUUUGGAAAGCCGACAACCCCCACCCCGUGUUCCUUUUCCGCCAUCAUCACAGAUGAGCAUGUUUUAGCUUGUGUGACCCCCCCCACCCCCCGCCUCAAGCAAAGAGACAGCCAAUCUGUGGUUUGCAGAUGUGAAAGAAAUGGCUCACAAAUGUCAUGUUUAAGAAAAAUGUUCUUAAAUUAUUCCUAUGGGCAAAAUGACGGCUUUGGUGCUUGUCUAGACCUGAAGCAUGCUGUCUCCUGAGCAUGUUGUCACAGCCAUGGGCUGGCAUCAUUUCCAGGACACCCUCUACAGCUUCCCAACCUCCCCUUUUCCCAAGACUGGGUGACUUUAUAGGUACUUCAUUCAAGGGUAAAGCAGGAGAGUUUUUCAGUUUAUCGCUUUGUCCUUCCUGCCUGGAGAGUGAUAGCACUAAAUAUUCCCAGUGGAUGGAUCGUGUUCUCAGAAGGAUAAUCCUCUCCCUCCUCAGACUCCAUCCUUCAUCCCUCCACCAUGCCAGUGCUGAUGGAGUCCAAAGACAACCCCAGAGUUUCCAUGGGAAAGUCACUGGAAUCGAGGAUGAUUGUCUUUGUGGUCUUUGCUUUUCUAAAGAAAAUAAUGAUUUUUAUGUUGUCAAUCACAUUUGUUUGGAUAUUUGUUCUAGAGGCCUCAUGAUAAGUUAUUACUGUCUCCCUCAUUGUUUUCGAAGACAUGUGCUGAUAUAGUUUUUAAAAAUAACUAUUUUGUUAUAGACCAUAAUAUGCAUAAAAACUGUACAGAAAUAUUUUGUAAUGUAUUGAUUUUAAAAAGAGAAUAUGUAAAUAAAGUUUUAAAAAAAGAGAGAAUUCAUGUGACACACACUGAAAGAUGUAGAUAUUUUGCUAUUUAUUUAAAGGAGUAUUUUAAGAGAUAUUGAACUAUCUGAGAUUGACUAAUAAUUAAAAUUCUAACCAUCCGAAUACUUUUCCUCCAUACAGAGUGUGAUCCUCAAAAACAAUUGCAUUACCUGCCCAUAUUUGCACCUUUUCUGUCUUUUCAUUUAACAGAAAAAAUAACAACAACAAAAGUGUGCCUUAGCUGUAUUGUUUUAUGUCUAGGGGAGUUUAUUUCUGUCUGACAAAGCAAAAUUUUUGCAGAAAACAGUGGGUGUAUUAAAUACUGUACCAUACCAAAAACACUGCAAAUGUAUAUAGAUGCUUUCUGUCAUACUGUGUUUUCAGAUGCAGAAUUUUAAAAUUAAAAAAAAAGUCUUUAUGGAA